AGUCAACCUUGUCAUGAAGUGCACAACUGAGCAGGAGCAACAAGAGGGAUGGCCUCUGGACUUUUGCACAAUAAUGUGUGGAAAAUAAGGCACAUGUUUGUAUUGUCAGGCUACUCGUGCUUGUUUUCUUCAUUAACGUUACAAUGGGACCAUCGUGAACAUCGUCACCAGGACCGCCAUCAUCGCAUUCUACAUUAUGGUGCUGAGCUGGUGCAUCGACAUCAUCCUUCUCUAAAGUUGUGUGGGCAACCGGUUGAUCUCCCACUGAGCUGUUUUCACUUUGUGUUCUUAAUGCGAUUGGUGAUGGGCCGUAUCAGCAGUUUCUUUGUUGUCUUCGGAAGCAAAGACAGAAACUGGUUGCUCAGCGGCUGAGAUUGUGCCUCUGGGUGUUCCUUUGUUUCUCCAUCUUGUAUGACUUGAUAGGAAUUUGAAGCAUCCUCACAGGGUUUUAUAAUAGACUGGUCGACACAUUUGUCCUUAUUUUUGGGUUCAUCUAGUUCCACUUGUUUUUGUGUAGGCGGCCUGUCACAUUAUUUACUCAUAAAUAUGCAUUUUUUAAAAAACGAUACCCUCUUUAAGCAACUGCUCAUUGUUCAUUUCUUCUGUUUUUAAUUACUGGGAAUAUGACAAAUUGAAUUUUGAAUUUCAGCGAUUUUGCAGCCGGAAACGAUCGACCUUUAUUUUGAAACGCUAUACUUUUAUUUUGAAAGGCCGUUGAUCCACUUCCAGGUUAGAAGAACCUUGACAGGGAAACAGGAAAUUCUACCUUCUUUUCUACUCAUUUGUUUUUGUUUUGUUUUUUUGUCGGUAACUAACUUUACGGCUGCGGAAGCAUCAGUGGUCAUUUUUAUGUGGUUUAUUUUAUUUUUCAUUAUAAACUACGAAAUCAUUGUCUUUUGGGUCUCUUGUAAUUUUAUGUGCAGUAAUUACGUUUAAGCCAUCAAGUGGGGGCUGAUGUACAAUAAUUUUCUCCAUAUCGACUGAUUCCAAAGCAUCACUGUGUAUUUUACUCCAUCCUAGAAGCAUGCCUUCAAGAAAUCAUCUUGACAAAAUUGGAAGGAAGAAGAAAAAGAAAUGGACAGAGGAAGCCAUGGAGCAUGCACUAAUCGAGGUCAAGUCAGGGAGGUGCACUGUGAGAAAGGCAGCCAAGGAGUUUGGAGUCCCCAAAUCCUCACUAGGGGACCGGGUCAGCGGACGGGUGACACCAGGAAGUCGUAGUGGGCCUGCUCAGCUUAUAACAUCUUCUGACGAGGAACUGUUGGUGGAGUUCUCCUUAUACAUGUCCAAGCACGGAUUCCCGCUCACAAAGCAGCAGCUGGUAUCAUUUGCGUCUUCCAUUUACAAGCGUCAACACAGACGGGUGGCCUUUUCGAAAUUGGGUCAAACCUGGUGGCUCAACUUUAGGAGGCGUCAAGAAAAGAAUAUUACGAUUCAGCCAGCAGACAGUAUUAUCCGUGGUCGGAUGGUUCAUGUGAGGAAGGAAACAUUGGAUCAUUUUUUUCACCUCCUGAGCUCUGUGGUGGAAGCUCACACGCUUGGGGACAAGCCUCACCGCAUCUGGAAUUGCAACGAGAUGGGUUUUCAGCUGGCUCGGAAGAAGGCGGUUCUCUCCAAAGCUGCCAGUUUAGAUUGCAAGUCAACGCCGGGCUCCAAGGACUACAUCUCAGUCCUGGCUUGCUUCAACGCAGCAGGGAAGGAUAUCCCUCCAUUUAUCGUCUACUCCAAAUCCUACCCAGGAGGCGUGUGUUACAAGACGCAAGGACCGUCAGACGCCCUCUACGGGUGGUCGGAUUCGGGAUGCGCCACUUCGGAACUUUUCAAGAAGUGGUUCCUCAGACACUUCUUGCCGUAUGCUCCUAAAGAGCGGCCUCUGCUGAUCAUUUUCGACGGCCACAAGUCACCCGUGAACCUGGAAGUGGUGGAGGCUGCCCGUAAGGAAGGCGUCGUCCUUGUGUGCCUGCCACCUCAUUGCUCUCACAUCCUGCAGCCGCUCGACGCGGGCCUAUUUCCGCUUGUCAAGCGGCGGUUCGCCGCGCUCUUAGAUCAGAUGCACCCCACGAAUGCGACUCUCUUUACAGUCAGCAAGAAAGACUUCUCGGGCGUGUUCAAAGAGGCGUAUCUGGUGGCUAAAGAAGAUGAGGGUAUCAGGAUAGUUCAGGAAAGUUUUAGGAAGUGCGGCAUAUACCCCGUGAGCCACUUUCAAUGUAAUGGCGACCUUUUGAUGACAUCAUCGCACAACGUGGACCCUGAAGCAUCAGGAGAGCAUGUUGGAGGUCUUGCUGCGGCUGGACAUUGAUCUGUUAUUUACAAAUAUAAAUGAACAACAGAUUAGAAGUGCAAUGAUUCAUCAACAAACAAUUAUUAUUUUUGAUUCAAUUGUUUUUUUUUUGCUUAAUUGUCCAAAUCCAUGGAAUUUCAGUUUCAGUAAAGUAAAUUGUAGUUCUCCAUGAAAGGAGACUGAUUUUCUUUGUGUUUAAUCAAAUUUGCUUUUAAUUUGAAAAUCUGUCAAUAAUAUUUAAGCAUUUUUCUGACAUGUCACAGACCAAACCAGUGACCAAAUCAUCAUUAAUUUAUCUUUGUACAUUUUCUCACUGUCCAUUUGAAACACAUAAUUCGACAAAUCAAUCAAUUAUUAAAAUAAUUGUUUGUUGCAGCUCUGUACUGGAUGAUUAUCAGAAAAUGGAAGCUGCUAUUUGCACUGAUGACAUGCAUGUUCCAGAAUGCAAUUUAUGUAUUUACUGACAUGAGAAAAUUUGCUGACAAUGCUAUGUUAGCAUUUGUAAAAAAAAACAAAAAAACAAAAACAAAAAAAGUUUUUUACUGAUCUCUCAAUAGAUCCAAUAUCAUCAUCGUACUGACAUUGUUGAAUUUGUUCUUGAACUUCCUCAGUUAUUUGAAUGCAGUUUCACACUGACAAAAUAAAAAUGGAUUAAAUUAUGUUGUCACUCUUGAAU